GUUACGAUUGAAUGAUGAUUAUAGUUCGGAGCCUCGACGCACAUGGGAAAGAAACCUUGCUGACCCCGGCCUGAGGAUGGGAGGGAAUUUGUGUUUCAUUUUUCUCGCGUUUGCAGCUUUUUCUAUAAAGAUGGUUGCGUCAACAUCGGCGCUGGGCAAGAGGGUGGAGGACACGGUGAUGCACAUCUUGAAGAUGAACAUGCCUACAAGCAGAGAAAUUCCAUGCACCGUUGGUGAAGUUUACAUCGGCGAAGGUUAUCCCGUAUUCCAGGCGGCCACAACGAAGGGAACAUUUGAGACGACGUCAAAUACUAAGCCCUACUACGAGACAAUUGUUGUAGAUCUCCCACAACGCGAGCUGCACGAAGCGAGGGUGUCAAUAAGGAGAUACGACAAUAUAUACACGACCGUACUGCGUGUGUUCGAUGACAACUGGAAGUUUGAGGACAUUAAGUUCUGGACGAGUCCAGUGUCUUACAUCAUCGAGUUCAACAUGACUAUCGCCAAACAUACCGGUGUGGUCCACGUUCAACACAGCAAGAUAUACGACAUGUACAUCCAGCACCACUACACGGACCAUCCGCCAUUUUCGUCCAUCCACACCAACAAGAUAAUCAGUGGAAUGCUGACUCACCUUCGCAUCACCUUUCCACUUCGUGAAAUUCUUCAGCCUGAGGCAACUAAUAUCUUGAAUAAUGCAAAAAUAUAUCUAGACUAGAAAAAAUAAAGAAAAAGAAGGAAGAAGGACUGCAGUGAUGUCGGGCUGAUAAGAGGUUUUUGCUUCGCCUGAUAAGAGGUUUUUGCUUCGGCUGAUAAGAGGUUUUUGCUGUUUCGUUUUCGCAAUGCCGAAAUUAAUAAAUGUUCAUCUACUUCCGUA